AUGACAGCUGGAACUAUCACUUGCCGUGCUGCGGUCGCCUGGGGUCCGAAUAGCGAUCUCGUCAUCGAAGAGAUCCAAGUCCAAGCCCCGAAAGCAAACGAGGUCCGCGUCAAAGUGCUUGCCACGGGUGUAUGUCACACAGAUGCGUACACACUUAGUGGCACCGAUCCCGAGGGUUUGUUUCCAACCGUGCUGGGUCAUGAAGGUGCCGGAGUUGUUGAAUCCAUUGGGGAAAGAGUCACCAAUGUAUCCGUUGGAGACCAUGUCAUCAUGGCAUACGUCCCGGAAUGCGGUCAGUGCAAUUUCUGCAAGUCACCAAAGACUAACCUGUGCCAGAAGAUACGCACCACGCAAGGGGCGGGUGUCAUGCCCGACGGCACCGGUCGAUUCACGUGCAAGGGGAAGGAUUUGUAUCAUUACAUGGGUACUUCGACCUUCGCUGAGUAUACGGUCGUGGCAGACAUCUCAGUCGUCAGGAUUCGCGAGGACGCACCUCUUGACAAGGUUUGUCUCAUGGCUUGCGGCGUGACGACAGGAAUCGGUGCUGUGAGAAACAACUGCAAGGUCGAACCAGGCUCGACCGUGGCGGUCUUCGGGCUUGGCGGUGUAGGACUGAGCGCCAUCCAGGGAGCUAAAAUGGCCGGUGCUAAGGCGAUUUACGGUAUCGAUACAAAUCCGGAAAAGUUUGCCAUGGCGGAGACUUUGGGUGCUACCGUUUGUGUCAACCCGAAGGAUCACAGUAAGCCUAUUCAACAAGUACUUGUCGAGUUGACCGGUGGUGGAUUCGACUACACUUUUGAGUGCAUCGGUAAAGUCGAAACGAUGCGUGCGGCCCUAGAAAGUUGUCACAAGGGAUGGGGAGAGAGCUGCAUUAUUGGUGUGGCAGGUUCUGGCCAGGAAAUCAGUACCAGACCAUUCCAACUAGUGACCGGCCGGGUGUGGCGAGGGUCUGCCUUCGGUGGGGUGAAAAGCCGUUCUCAGUUGCCUGGCAUGAUUGACGAGUACAUGUGUGGAGAUAUUAAGAUUGAUGAAAUGAUUUCAAAGACUUACCCACUCAAGGAUAUUAACCAAGCCUUUGAAGACAUGCAUUCAGGGAAGAACAUCCGUGGAGUUGUUUUGUUCGAAGCCAAGUAGUAGGCACAGUAAACCUGCCACGAACGGAGACUGCAGCAGCUUGACAGUACAAAAUCGGAUGCUCAAAUAUCUUUUCCGUCAGUGCCCUUGGUAUCUCUUCCUUUCAGCUGCUUGUCCCAGGCGCCAAAAAUAGUCUCUUGUACAUCAGGAUUCGGACAGCCUUCUUCAAUCUCAGGCUGGUCUCGACUGCCCGGCUGGACAGCUUGCGUUGCUGGUCCAUCUGUGUUUUCUAUAACGCCAGCCACAGUGGCACCUACGGCAAAUAUCACGAAUGGCAAAACUCCCUUGUCGA